GAACUAGUAAUAUAAAGAAUAUAUAAGACACAAAACUUAUAAAAUUAUCAUUAACACUAUACUUAAGACCAGAGUGAAAAUAAUAGAUAGGUGCUCACAUGGAAGUAGAGAAUGUUCUCCACAUGAAGGAAGGAGAUGGUCAAAGUAGUUAUGCAAAGAACUCCAUUCUUCAGAGAACCAUGAUAAACAAGGCGAGGCCGGUACUACAAGAAAGCAUAAGAGAUAUGUACCAUGCCUUACAACCAGAAUGUCUAAUGAUGGCUGACUUAGGCUGUUCUUCCGGGCCUAACUCGCUGUUGGUAGUCUCAGAAAUCAUUGAUAUAAUUGAUGAGGAACGACAGAAAUUUAAUCGAAAAUCCCCUAAAUUUGGAGUAUUCCUCAAUGAUCUCCCAGGGAAUGAUUUCAAUGCUAUAUUUAACUUGCUCCCAAGCUUUUAUCAGAGUCUAAAAGAAGAAAAAGGCAGUGACUUCGGACCAUGUUCUGUAUCAGGAACACCUAAAUCAUUCUAUGGAAGAAUUUUUCCCGACCAAUUUCUUCACUUUGUACACUCUUCUUACAGUGUUCAUUGGCUCUCACAGGUACCAAGAGAAUUGGAAAGUAGCACUGGAGAAGCAUUGAACAAAGGGAAUAUAUACAUAGCAAAAACAAGCCCUCCAGAGAUAUUACAGGCAUACUAUGCACAGUUUAAGAGGGACUUCACUCUCUUCUUGAGGUCACGAGCGAAGGAGAUGGUACCUGGUGGCCGUAUGGUCUUGACUCUGCAGGGUAGCAUUCAGAGAAAUGACCCUGAUUCCAUUUGGGAAUUGCUUGGCUCUACCAUUCAAACUAUGGUUCUAGAGGGUUUGAUUGAACAGGAAAAACUAGACAGAUUCAACAUGCCAUUUUACGCUCCUACAGUGGAAGAGAUAAAAAAUUUAGUGGAGGCUGAAGGAUCAUUUUCUGUUAACAAACUUGAAACUUUUACAGUUGAUUGGAGCGUUGACACAAACCAAAACCUCGAAACCCAAGCCAGAUUCAUUGCCAAGACUAUAAGAGCUGUUACAGAAUCUCUCCUUACAACUGCAUUUAGUGAGACAGCCAUGGAUGAUUUGUUUCUGAGGUUCAAAAUAAUGGUCAAGGAACGUAUGGUUCAAGAACAAAGUGAAUACUUAAAUAUUGUGGUAUCAGUGACUAAGAGGGAUUAAAGUGGGAGUUUCCUAAACCUCAGAACAACUGU